AUGAUCCAGCGCGUUUCCCCAGGAGAGGCGAGCGGGGGGAACCGGGGCCAGGACACGAGACUGACUGCGUUUGCUCUCCUGCUUUACGUCUACCGUGGAGGAAAUUUAAGCAAGAACAUGUAUAGUGAAUUGCUGAAUUCAACCAGUGCCACCGAAGCUCACCUGAUCAUUCAGACCAACACGCCCUACCUGAGCGGCACACCGAGACCCGUGAGCUCCUCCGCCUUUUACCUGUCGACAGCCAGGGUGUUAAAAGAAGGGGAAAUAAAUAAGCCAGACCUGGUGACUUACAUCAUUCUGUUUUUCUUUCUGCUCUUGACCGUGGCACUCAUCGUGCUCUUCAUAAACUGCCAGCUGAAAAAUUCUUUUUUUGCCACUCUCCCUUACGACAGAUCGCUGCGAGAGGCCAGGAGCCCGUGGAGGACACAGGCGGUCUGA